AUGCCGACCCGCACCAACGCUGCGAGGGACACGAAUCCGAGCGGGACUGGUGCUCCACCACGCGCUCCGUCCAACAGCUAUCGUGACUCGACGCUAAACAUCUUCGCUCUGCUGCUUGCCUUCCGCAUCGUCAACGCACUAACCCUGCGCUCCUUUUUCCAGCCCGACGAGUUCUUCCAGUCCCUCGAACCUGCAUGGCAGCUUGCGUUUGGCCCCGCCAGCAAUGCCUGGAUCACCUGGGAAUGGAGAUCCCAAUUGCGGUCGUCCCUGCAUCCAGCGCUAUUCGCUGCCGUCUAUCGAGUCGCGGCACAUGUUGCUGACCUCUGUGGCUUGACCUUGCCUGCUAAAGCCGAACUACUCCUAGCUGCUCCGAAAGUUACCCAAGCCGUCUCUGCAGCCUUGCUUGAUUGCUACACAUGGAAACUUGCGGAAAAAGUCUACGGUCGUGGCAGUCGCACUGCCCUUACUACUCUUGCAUUGUCUGUCUGCAGCCCGUGGCAGUGGUUCUGCGCGACCCGAACACUAUCCAACUGUCUUGAGACUACCAUCACUUCUGUCGCUAUUUACUAUUGGCCUUGGCAGGGUGCAGCAACAGCUAGCAAGGGUCAGACGCAUAUUGCACACCACGACCUCGGCUCCCUCUCAGAGUAA